AUGGGAUCGCCACUCUCGCCUCUUUUGGCAAAUGUAUGCAUGUACAGAUUGGAGAAGGAAUUCGAGAAGUCACCGCUGCAACCAAAAGUGCUUAUGCGAUACCUGGACGACUACUUUGCACUUUGGUCGCAUAGUAACGAAAAUUUGGAUGAAUUCUUCAAUUUUAUGAGCCAACUUGAUGGAAGAAUUAAAUUUACAAUGCAGGUGGACAAGGGUAAACGACUACCCCUUUUGGAUGUUUAG